AUGGGCAAAGUGCGACACCGCAAACGCACCAGGGACGCGCGCGUCGCGGCCGCUUCUGCGCCUCUGACCGCUCCCACAGCACAAGGCGACCCCACUUCGUCGACGGCGAACACAGCUGACGGCGAGGCAGCGGGACAGCAGGGCUUGAAGAAGGGCGCGAGGAGGGAUCAGGAGAUGGGCGAACUGCUGGACAAGCUCAGGAGCUCAGAGGGAAGGGAGAGGGCGUUCGCUGCGUCCACCAUCUCGUCGCUCAUCCUCACCCUGCCUCCUCUCCAACUCCGCCUCUUGCUCUCGCGCAACCUCAUCGGUCUGCUCAUUGAGCGUGUCUCUGCCCUCCCUACACCCUCCGCCACCUCGCCACCUCCCCCUUACUAUGACCUGACGACCGCCAUUGAAUCACUCGGUGCACUCCGCAACCUCGCCGUCUCGUCUCCCCCUCACAUCCUCUCAGAAAUGCACAACAAGCGCCUCCUCCUCCCUCUCACGACCAUCCACAUUCCCCUCCUCGCGCACUUCCUCCCCUCGCAACUCGGUCCCGCGCCGCAGCCUCAGAAACCCUCGUUCCCUGCGACGCCUGAACAGCGACGAGCGGUCGAAGACGCCAACGAGGCGCAAGAUACUCUCCGCCGGUCCUUCUGGGACUGGAGCGAGAACGUCUGCGUCUUGCUUUGGUGCCUCGCCGAGAGUAACACCAAGAUUCUUGGCUCGCUUAAUGCACACGCGCAAGGGAUUGUCGGCUUGUGCAUGGGAUACCUUGCCGAGUCGGCGUUGGGAAUCGAGCGAAAUGCGCAGGUUGCAGAGCUGGCGGACGAGCAGGGCGGACGCGGAGCAAUGGAAGUUGAAUCGAAGAAGCCGAAAAAGAAGGACGUCAAGAAGGAGCAGGCGAAGAAGGUCCGAGUCCCGCUCUUCGUCGUCGUCGCAGCCGCACAAGCACUCUACGCCUUCGUCUCCGACAAUCACCCCGCGCACACUCACCUCCUCUCCUCCUCGACUUCGUUCUCUUUCUCCCCUGCGCUUGCCUCCCUCCUCUCCAUCCUGCUCACGCCUACUUCCCCUGUCCCGGCUGAGUCGGACGACUGGGCUCAACUGCGAGUCCUCGCUUUCGGAACGGUGCUCGAGAUCGCCAAGGGCCGGAGUAAGCGGCGAGACGUCGAGGCUGUCAGGGCUGCGCUGAGGAGCGACGAGGCGCAGGAGGUACUGCUCGGGCUCGUGAAAGAGGCGAACCUUGAUGCGGCUGUGGAGGAGGCAAAGAAGGUCGCCAGCGAGAUCGACCCGACCGCUCUCCCAUCUGCGAAACCCGACCCCUCAUCUCCCUCCUCCCGCCUCGCAUCCCUCGAACGCCAGUCACAGACGCUCCAGCUCGCCCUCGAAGUCCUCAGUGAAUGGCUCGCCUCAGGCGUACCAGACUCGUCGUCUUUUGGUGCGAGUCAGGGUGCAGGCGACGAGGACGAGCAGGACGAGGCGGAGGACGAGGAGUGGGGCGGGAUUUCGAUGGAUGUCGAGGGGGACGUGGAGAUGGGAUCGGACGAGGAUGAGGAUGAGGGCAUGGUUGGUGCGGGCGAGAAGAAAGAAGAAGCGGAUGGGAUCAUCAGACGAAGGCGGGGGGACACGCCUGUCGAGGGCGGCGCGGACGCGAUGCUGGACGACUUGGAGGCGACGGCCGACUCGGACGACGAGCGAGACGCAGCGGAUGAGAAUGGCUCGAGCAAAGCGCUCGCUCUUCUCGGCGACUCGCUUCCCCUCCAGCUUCUCGCCCUCGCCCGCCCCACCACCGCUCUCUCUUUCCUCUCCCCUCCCGCUUUCGCCCCUCACGACCUCGACAAGCCCGCCUCGUCGAACGGCCUCAUCAGCACCUCCGCCUCAGAUGCCUUUCUCGUCCCUUCCUCGCUGUCGACCCUCUCCGAAGCGAUCACGACCAUCCACGUCCGGGCCCUCGAAGCACUCAACAACCUCUACAUCACCCUCUCCCGCGCGUUCGAGAAGGCCAAGAAGGCGGCUGACAAGAACCGCCUGAGGCGCAACCCGAAGGAGCUGCAGAAGGUGUUCGAGACGUCGCUCGAGCUGGUGAUGGGCGCAUUGGAGGCGGCGCACAAGCAUGUUCCUGCUGUUGCGCAGCAGGCGCAGGAGACGAGCGGGAAGAAGGGGAAGAAGCAGGCUCAGCAGCAACAGCAGGCGCAGCCAGACGAGGUCGAGGAGGUCCAGGAGCGGAGGAUGGAGAUCGUCAUGGCUGGCUCGGGAGUCGUCUGGGGCUGCGUGCGGCUGGGCUUGAGUCCCGAGUCGAGCAAGGACUCCAUCGUUGUCGGUCCCGAUACGACACCGUUCCUCAUCCAGCGAGUGUAUCCUUCCGCUUUCGCAGCUGCACAGACACCGGCUGGCGAAGCGAUCCGCGUUCGGACGCUCGGUGCGCUCGGGGAGAUUGGACGACGGGCGGACGUGCCGGAGCAGGAGAAUGCGCAAAUCGGCCGUUUCAUGCUCUCGCUCCUGCCGACCUCCCGCGCCGCCGUCGUCACCGGCACCGUUCCUCCCUCAGUCGCAUCAACACCCGACAUCCUUCUCCAAGCCAUCGACUCGUUCAUCGACCUCUACGCCGACGAAGACCGCUCGUACGACGUCCCUGUCUUCCGCCAAGGCCAGAUGCUCGAGGACCUUGACCGGUCUGUCCAAGGCGUCCGGGCAGCGAUCAAGAAGGUUGACCGGAACAAGUUUCCUGAGUUGCGGGCGAGGGCAGACGGGGCGAUGGAGAACUUGACGGCGUUCGUCCAGUACAGGAAGGACGUGGUCAAGCAGGCCGGGAGGCGGCGAGCGGAGGGGAAGGCCGAGUAG